AUGAGUCUAAACACUGAAAGAGAUGAUUCAUUCCCUGUAAUUAAUGAUUAUGAAGAGUUCCUGAAAAAGUCAAAAACUCACUUUGAAAAUACCUUCAACAAGAAAGUAUCGACCACCAUGUCUAUUGAAGAGUUUAGUUGUAUAAGAACUCUAGGCACUGGUUCAUUUGGCCGUGUCAUGCUUGUCAGACAUAAGGGAUCUGGAAAUUAUUAUGCUAUUAAAAUUCUGGAUAAAUCAAGAAUCGUUAAACUAAGACAAAUAGAACAUACAUUAAAUGAGAAGAAGAUACUCCAGGGUCUCCGAUUCCCUUUUAUAGUUUACCUAGAAUAUUCUUUUAUGGAUAGUAAUUAUAUUUAUUUUGCAAUGCCAUUUGUAUCUGGUGGUGAAAUGUUCUCUCUUCUCCGAAAGAGUGGAAAAUUUGAAGAAACACAGUCAAAAUUCUAUGCAGCGCAGGUAGUUUUGGCUUUAGAAUACAUGCAUUAUCUUGAUAUUAUUUAUCGUGACCUAAAACCAGAAAACAUUUUAAUAGACAGAUUUGGCUACUUAAAAGUUACAGACCUUGGUUUCUGCAAAGUUAUAAGUUCUAGAACAUGGACACUUUGUGGCACACCAGAAUACAUAGCUCCUGAAAUUAUUUUAAGUAAGGGAUAUGGCAUGGCUGUUGACUGGUGGUCCUUUGGUGUUCUUGUAUAUGAAAUGAGUGCUGGCUUUCCACCUUUCUAUGCCAAAGAGCCAAUGAAGAUUUAUGAGAAAAUACUAUCGGGCAAGUAUCGAAAUGCACCUUCUUUUGGUAGUGACAUUAAAGACCUUAUAAAAAACUUGCUUCAGGUUGAUGUUACCAGAAGGUUUGGUAAUCUUAAAAAUGGUGUCGAGGACAUUAAGAAUCACAGAUGGUUCAAUAGUAUUAACUGGAUGGAAAUCUUAAACAGAGAAAUCAAACCCCCAUAUGUACCAUCUUUAAAAUCUUCUGGGGAUUCAAGCAACUUUGACCAAUAUAGAGAGGAGCCCCUGAAGCAGUCAGGGACAGACAGAUAUGCAAGAGAGUUUAGAGAUUUCUAA